UUUAAGAUCAGAACAAAGCUUCAGCAAGAUGAAAUCGGAACAAUGUGAAGACUGAAUCUCUCUCACAAUUCACAAAACCCUAAAUCAAUGGAGUCGAGCGUUUUGGAAUCCAUCGGCGUCGAGAUAAUCGGCGUAAUGUCACCGGUUUCAAUCUGCAUGUUCCUCGUCGUCCUCUUAGUCUACUCCUCCUCCACCACCACCGUCUCCGCCACCUUCCGCACCGCCGCCAACCUCGUCUACGCUGAGAAUCCCUCCGACACCACCGCACAGAAGCUCGAAGGCGCCCUCCUCAACGCCGUCGUCUUCGUUGUCCUCAUCGCUAUCGUCACCUUCCUCCUCGUCCUCCUCUACUACUACAACUGCACCGCCUUCCUCCGCCACUACAUCCGCUUCUCCGCCUUCUUCGUUCUUGCUUCCAUGGGCGGAUCCAUCUUCCUCUCCCUCAUCCAGCGCUACUCCAUCCCUCUCGAUUCCCCUACCUGCUUCCUGCUUCUCUUCAAUUUCACCGUUGUUGGUGUGCUCUCUAUCUUCGCCGCCGGAGUUCCAAUUCUGGUUCGCCAGAGUUAUAUGGUUUGCCUCGGCAUCAUCGUCGCCGCAUGGUUUACUCAGCUUCCUGAGUGGACCACAUGGACUCUGCUGGUGGCUCUUGCUGUUUACGAUCUCGUCGCCGUUUUGGCUCCCGGUGGACCGUUGAAGCUUCUUGUUGAACUGGCGUCUAGCAGGAACGAGGAGCUUCCGGCGCUUGUCUACGAGGCUCGGCCCACGGUCACCGGUGGUGGUUCUACUUUGGGGAAUUUGGUUACUGGGGUUUCGGAAUCGGAAUCUUCUAGCAUCGAGCUUCAGGCGGUUUCUUCGGUGGUUAGGAAUGAGAAUGAGAAUGAGAAUGAGAGUGAUUCUGGUGCUGUUGUUGUGAGGGUUGAGGAUUUGCAGGAUGAGGAACGGCAUAGGAGGAGGGGUGAUGUGGAUGAUGAUGAAGAAGGGGAAAGAUCUCCAUUGGUGGGUAAUUCGGCAAUGCGAUUCGAUGGGAGACAGGGUGAGAUUGUUGGUGAUGAGGAAAUGUCUCCACUUGUUGAGAUGACUGAUAUGGAGAAUGGAAGAGAAAUGGGGAGAAGGGAUGAUGAUGAGGAAAUUUCUGAGAGGGGGAUUAAGCUUGGACUUGGGGAUUUUGUGUUCUACAGUGUUCUUGUGGGUAGAGCUGCAAUGUAUGAUCUGAUGACAGUGUAUGCUUGUUACCUUGCAAUUAUAUCAGGACUAGGGUGCACUCUUAUUUUGCUGUCUGUGUGCCGCCAAGCUCUGCCUGCGCUUCCGAUUUCCAUUGCAUUGGGUGUUCUUUUCUAUUUCUUGACUAGAUUGUUAAUGGAACCUUUCAUUGUUGGGACAGCAACGAAUUUAAUGAUGUUUUGAACUAGCAUUGAUUUUUGAAGAGAUUGAGGCUAGAGAAUUUAGACAUGUACUAAUGCUUUCAUUGGCAAGGAAUUUGUACAUGGAGUGAAAGAGUUAGUACUCCAUUUGUUUGUGUCUCCUUUGUAGUAGUAAUAUACUUGUUCUCAUGAGACUGCAAGUUUGAAAUGCAACCUCUACCUUACCCUUUACUUUAGAGCUUGUAAAUUUUAAAGCUAAUAUACAUAUACAUAGUUAUAUUGA